AUGGAAGACUGGGAGAAGGACGAGUUUCUCGACUUUUGGGUCACCGAAAACGUUGGAAUCGAGUAUCAUGCUGUUGUGCCCCCAGAAAACCAGGCCGAGGACGCAAAAUCUCCAGCUAGAAAUGAUGCUGGAGCUGAAAACAAGGACAACCAAGAUCUCAUCAAACAUGGACUCGGAAUCCGACUCCAAGAGGGUGACGUCGCUGAAAACGAAAGCAAGGGCUUUCAAUUUCCGGCUGGAGUCAACCCAGCUGCUGAGAACGCGAAUGUUCAGAAUCCCGUCGAAGUUGACAUAGGAUCCGAAGAUAGAGGUGGGGCCCCCGUCGAAUCUGCUGCGCCUGAAGGCCCCAUGACGCGAGAGGAAAUAAUGUCUAAAUGGUUUUCUGGCCUCGGCAAGCCUGAUCCGCGCGUUCCUGAGGAGGACGCGAGCGCUCAAGGGCUUGAAAGAGCGUGUGACACAGCGGAGCAGGAACAUUGGUUUUACGAGCCGUCGAGCGGCACGUUCAUCAGAUAG